CGCAGCUUGACUUUGUACUUUACGCCUCCAUCUUUAAUCAACAUGGUGUCGAUGUCGAUGGACCUGGAGAGCAGGUCCCGCGACAUGCAGGAGCGCACCUUCUGCAAAUGGCUGAAUACGAAGCUGGAAGCCAAUGGGUACCCACCGAUGAGAUCCCUUGUAGAUGACUUGUCCGACGGAGUACGACUGAUACAGCUCAUGGAGAUCAUGGGUGACGUCUCCCUCGGGCGAUACAACAAGAAUCCACGAAUGCGCGUUCAGAAGGCCGAGAACGUCAACAAAGCGCUCGAAUUCAUCUUCUCCCGCGGCGUGAAGCUCACAAACAUCGGCCCUGAGGACAUCAUCGAUGGCAACCUUAAGCUUAUCCUCGGCAUGAUCUGGACCCUCAUCCUCCGCUUCACCAUCGCAGACAUUAGCGAAGAAGGUCUCUCCGCCAAGGAAGGUCUCCUCCUUUGGUGCCAGCGCAAGACCGAGCCGUACAAGGAGGUCGACGUGCAAGACUUCACGUACAGCUGGCAGGACGGGCUCGCGCUGUGCGCGCUGAUCCAUUGCCAUAGGCCCGAUUUGAUCGACUACGAUAAGUUGGAUAAGGCAGACCGGCACGGCAACACGCAGCGCGCUUUUGAUGUUGCUGCUGAGCAUCUCAAUAUCCCGCAGCUACUAGAGGUCGAGGACCUGUGCGAUUCGGUGAAGCCGGACGAGCGUAGUGUGAUGACCUACAUCGCGAGCUUCUUCCAUGCGUUCUCGAGUAUGGACCAGGCAGAAACCGUAUCGCGGAGAGUCGAGAAGUUUGCAGAACUCAUGCAGUCCGUAUGGGUGUCAAGGAAUGACUACGAGCGAAGGGUCCGAUUGCUCCUCGAAGCACUGUCGCAUGUCCAGAAAGAAUGGGAAUCCUCGGUCUUCAACGGCAACUACGCCUCCGCGAAGCAGCAGUCGGCGGACUUCCUCCACUACAAGCAGACGCGGAAGCGGGAGUGGGUCACGGAGAAGCAGGAGGUUACUACCCUCUUCUUCAACGUCCAGACGAAGCUGAAGACGUACGGCCUGCGCGAGUACGUGCCCCCUCCCGGCCUCGCGCCCGCGGACGUCGACAUGGCGUGGAAGGAACUGCUGGGGAGCGAGGCGCGGCGGAGCCGGGCGAUCAAUGCGGAGAUUCGGCAAAUCAAAGAGACGCUCCGCCGCAAGUUUGCCGACCUGGCGAAUGCGUUCGAACAGCGGUUGCACGGUAUCGAUCGUGAGCUGGCGGACAUCGAGGGCCCGCUCGAGGAGCAGCAGCAGCAGGUGCAGGCGGUGCAGUUGAGGAUGGGGACGUUAGAGGAAGUCCUCGACGACGUACGAGCGGCCGAGGCAGAAUGCGCGGCAGCGAAUGUCGAGGAGAACGACUACACGAUCUUCACGACGCAAGAUCUCGAGUUCGAGCUUGAGCUGCUAAGGCAGAGCGUGCAGAAGAAAAUCGCGUUUAUAGAUAACCAGAUCGUGUCGCGCAAUAUGACGAACCUCACGCCGGCGCAGCUCGAGCAGUUCGAGAGCACGUUCCGGUACUUUGAUCGGGAUGAGAGCAAUACACUCAACCAGUCGGAGAUGAUCGCGGCGCUGGCGAGUUUGGGAAUCGUAUACUCGGAUGAGGAUAUGGACUACAUCUACGACCAGCUUGUGCAGGACUACGGCGCGGUGUCGUAUGAGGCGUUCAUCAACUUGCUGGUGGAUAUCACCGAGGAUCAGACGUCACCAGAGCAGCUGCGAGAAGCAUUCCGUGGCCUGGCUAUGGACAAGCCGUACUUCACCGAGCUCGACCUCCGGAUCGCCAAGCUGCCUGCCCCUGCCAUCGACUACCUGCGCGAUGCCAUACCUAGCGCGCCAAACGAAGCAGGGGAGCCUAUGUACGAUUACGAGACAUGGCUUGACGAUGUAUUCGCCUAGUAGGGCGGUGUACACAUUCUGAGUAUAUAUUUGUUGGACAUUAGUCAUCCUCCGCUGGGAAACUCGAGAGUGGCGCGCUCGUAAAUGCUUCCCUAAUAUGCAUGCCAAUGAUGCCCUGGUAUUUAACUAUCAUUUUCGAA